AUGGCUCCUGAUCCCUCCAACAGCAGCUCCUCCUCUUUCAUCCUUGUGGGCGUCCCCAGCCUGGAGGCGUUCUCCACCUGCCUGGGCAUCCUUUUCUGCUCAGCCUAUAUCAUCGCCUUGCUAGGAAAUGGAGUAGUGUUGCUGGUCAUUGGGCUGGACAAGUCCCUGCGGGAGCCCAUCCACUGCUUCCUGGCCAUGCUGGCGGUGGUUGACGUGGUGAUGGUGACAUCCGUCGUCCCCAAGAUGCUGAGUGUGCUCUGGCUGAACUCCACUGAGAUCGGUGGCACGGCCUGUUUUGUUCAGAUGUUCCUUGUUCACUCCACCACGUCGGAGGAGUCGGGAGUGCUCCUGGCCAUGGCUGUGGACCGCUACAUGGCAAUUUGUCACCCCCUCAGGUACCGAGCCAUCCUGAGUUACCAAACCAUUGCCCACACAGGCCUGGCUAUUGCGGUGAGAGCCCAGCUUUUCAUGGUGCCUUUAACAUGGAUGGUGACCAACCUCCCCUAUUGCCAUUCCCAUGUGAUUCCCCAUUCCUACUGCGAGCACAUGGCUGUGGCCAAGCUGGCGUGUGCAGACCCCAGACCCAGCAGGCUUUACAGUGUGGCUGGGUCCUCUCUCAUAGUGGGGAUGGACGUGGCUUUCAUUGCUGCUUCCUACAGGAUGAUCCUUAACACUGUCCUGGGGAAGCAAUCAUGCUGGAAGGCGCUGAGCACCUGCGGGUGUCACAUCUCUGUGAUGCUGCUCUAUUACAUCCCUGGCAUUGUCUCCAUCUAUGUGCAGCAGUUCAGCAGCACCAUGCCCGUGCCUGCACAGGUUCUGCUGGCUGAUCUCUACCUGACCAUCCCCACCAUGCUCAACCCCAUCAUUUACAGCAUGAGGACCAAGCAGAUCCGUGGGGCUCUGCUCAAAACGCUCUUUUCCAGGAAGCUUCAGGCCUGA